GAGAAGGAUAAGAAUCAUCAACAGGCUUUGCAGGAGCUGAAGCAGCAGCAUCAUGCUGAGCUGCAGCAAGCCCGGCUGCGCCAAACCCCAAAGGAGGAACCACGGCGUGCGGGGCAAGCAGCGCUGCAGAGCGAAGCGCAGGACAGUGACUGGCAGCAAAGGAAGGCUUUAGAGGAUCUUCAGGGCCGACAUGAUCAGCUGAAGAAGACCCUACAGGACCUUCACAAGCAACAUGCUGCUGAACUGCACCAAGCCCGGCGACAAAAAGUCUGGCCGCAGGUUGCGGACUCGCAGAGGAAGGCAUUACAGGACUUGCAGAGCCAACACGCUGAGCUGAAGAAGGCCUAUCAGGAGAAAGAUGCCAAGCUCCAAGCUCUUGAGGAGCUUCAAGUGAUGCAAGUGAUGCCCGACCCGGUGAAGGAACUCAAAAGGCAACACUGUGCCGAGCUGCAGCAAGCCCGAGAACAAGUCCUACAGGCAACUGACACCAAGCAAGGAAAAGCUUUGCAGGAUCUCCAAGCUCAACAUGAUGAGUUGAAGAAAACCCUCCAGGCACAAGACACGAAGCAUCACAAGGCUCUCCAGGAGCACCUUCAACACGAGGAAACCGUACGAGCAGCCUUCGGGGUAGAGAAGGAGCGCGAGCGGCAAGCGGCGCAAGCGGCCCUCGCGCGGCAGGCGAAGGAGAUGGAGGAGGAGCGAGCCCGACACCACGCUGCACUCCAGGACCAAAAAGAUCGACACAAUGCUGCUUUGGAGGAGCAAGCUUCUCAGCAUCGUGCAACAAUCAGCUUGGCGAUGCAGGUUCUGCAGGAUCAACAACUGGAACAGCGCGAAGCUUUGCAGGAACAGCUGGCUCAACAUCAUGCUGCCUUGCAGCUGGCCAUUGAGAACCAUCAGGAGAAGGAUCUCCUGUCAACAAAGUUGAAGGAGGACCAGGCGGCCUACGGACGAUUCUUCCAGGCGACCAAGCAUCAGCACGAAGGCGACGUCCGGCGAGCCCUGCAGGAACAGAAGCGACAAUAUGAAGCUGAGUUGAAGAGGCUGUUGCAGGAGCAGAAGCGUCAAUAUGAAGCUGAGCUAAAACAAGCCCUGCGGGCUCACGAUGACCUUCACGCACGCAAGUUGCAGGACUACAAGGCCAUUCAGGAUCUUCGUUGGAAGCGCUCAACAGCUCAGGCAACAAACCGCAGCUCCAAAACUGUCGUGGAGCCACAGACGAAGGCACUGUCCGCACUGGAGGAGAAGGCUCCAAAGCUAUCCAGUGUGGUCCAUUUCGGAGCACACCAUGAAGAGGCAACGAACGGCAGCUCCAAGACUGCCACGGAGCAACAGCAGACCAAGGUCCCCAAGGAGCAGGAGCCGAAGUUUCCAAGGCUAUCAAGUGUGGUCCAUUUCGGCACACACCAUGACGAGGAGAAGGAGUGCCAGCAUCAAAAGACUCUUGAGGAACGCGAGUCACAUGACGGGAAGGCCCAAGAGGACCUUCAGGCUCAACACGCUAUGCUCAAGAAAGCCCUGCAGGAGAAGGAUGGGCAGCAUCAGUUGGCUUUGGAGGAACUUAGGAGACAACAUGGGGCUGAGCUACAGCAAGCCAAGCUGGAACAAGCUCCGCUGCAGGAACGUGAGUCGCAUGACAGGAAGGCCCUAGAGGACCUUCAGGCUCAACAUGCUAAGCUCAAGAAAGCCCUGCAGGAGAAGGAUGGGCAGCACCAGUUGGCAUUGGAGGAACUUAGGAGACAACAUGGGGCUGAGCUACAGCAAGCCAAGCUGGAACAAGCUCCGCUGCAGGAACGUGAGUCGCAUGACAGGAAGGCCCUAGAGGACCUUCAGGCUCAACAUGCUGAGCUCAAGAAAGCCCUGCAGGAGAAGGAUGGGCAGCAUCAGUUGGCUUUGGAGGAGCUAAAGAAACAACAUAGUGCUGAGCUACAGCAAGCACAGCGGGAACAAGCUCCGCUGCAGGAAGGCGAGUCACAUGACGGGAAGGCCCAAGAGGACCUUCAGGCUCAACAUGCUAAGCUCAAGAAAGCCCUGCAGGAGAAGGAUGGGCAGCAUCAGUUAGCUCUGGAGGAGCUAAACAAACAACAUAGUGCUGAGCUACAGCAAGCCCAGCGGGAACAAGCUCCACUCCAGGCAGUUUGUAUGGUACUGCGUGAAAGCAAACGGACCUUCAGGCUCAACAUGCUGAGCUCAAGAAAGCCCUGCAGGAAAAGGAUGGGCAGCAUCAGUUGGCUUUGGAGGAGCUAA